AUGACAGAGCGUGCCGUCUUUGCGAUGAGGACACUCUUUCCAAAUAUGAUCUUAUUCAGCACAUUUACCAACACCUAUCAUAUCGAAAAUAUCAGUGUGCAUCCUGUACGGAACGUUUUUACAGCGAAGAAGAAAGAGACCUUCAUUGCAUCGAGACAGGACAUUUUCAUACCCAUGAGAUAA